CUGCCCAUCAAUGCCACAUGUCAUUGCCCAUCAAUGCCACCUGCCAGUGCCCAUCAGUGCCUCCUAUCAGUGUCAGUCAGUGCCACCUAUCAAUGCCAGUCAGUACCACCUAUCAGUGCUGCCAAUCAGUGCCACCUAUCAGUGCCAGCCAGUGCUGCCUAUCAGUGCCAGUCAAUGCUGCCUAUCAGUGCCCGUCAGUGCUGCCUGUCAGUGCCAGUCAGUGCCACCUAACAGUGCCAGUCAGUGCCACCUAUCAGUGCCAUAUAUGAGU